UUCGUCCAUAUCUCCUUAGCCUCGCUCGCUUCACUCUCUUCCCUCAGCGUCCAUUACAAGUAACUACGUAGCGAGAGAGAGAGAGAGACGGUGGAAAAGCGAAAAAAAUCAAAAUUGAUCGAAAUCUGCGGCGGUUCGUCCACACGAUCGCCACGUUCUGGCAUUUUGGGCUAGGUGAUGGCUACAGCAGCAGUUAUUGGACUAAGCACAGGAAAGAGGCUUUCGACUUCUUCAUUCUGUCCAACUGACCUUGCAGAGAAAUUAUUCCCUGCUGCAGAUUACAAUAUGCUACCAUUUUCUGUCUCCUCCACAAAAUGUACCAUAGUUUCACAGAAAUCUUCCCAUUUUGGGCCAAAUGUCCCACCGACGAGAUACAUACGAUCAAUCAAGGCAAUGAAAGAACAAGCCAAUACUUUGACUCCUUCAACUAGUGCAACAUGGUCUGAGAGUCCUGACCUUGAAUCUUCUCUUGAGAUCCUCAUUUUGCUACAGAAGUCCAUGUUGGAGAAGCAAUUGGAACUUCCUUUCAUGGAUACAACUCCUAAUUAUGUUCCAAGGGUAUCUCAGAUACCUGUCAUUAGUCGUUCAGGGAUAUCUGCUCGUGAGAGGAGAAUAGCUUGUAGAAGAAAAUGUUUUGCUCGUAAUAAUGAUACAGAACCUACAAGCACGAAACCACUUCACUUUAGUGUUAGUCCUGAGUUAAUUAAGUCUGGUGUAAGUGGUUAUGUACGGGGUACUGUUAAUGAAAACUUGCUGACACAUGCAGAAGUGGUUAAUCUGUCAAAGAAAAUAAAAGCUGGUGUGCGUUUAGAGGAACACAGGUCAAAGUUGAAAGUAAAAUUGGGAGUUGAACCAACGGACAAACAAUUGGCUUCUUCUCUUAGGAUAUCACCUUUUGAAUUGCAGAAAAGAAUAUUUGAAUCUUCUCUAGCACGAGAAAAGCUUGCGAUGAGUAAUGUUCGCCUAGUUAUGUCAAUUGCACAGAAAUAUGAUAACAUGGGGACAUCUAUGGCUGACCUUACCCAGGCUGGUUUGAUUGGCUUACUUCGUGGGAUAGAAAAAUUUGAUUCUUCUAAAGGCUUCAAAAUUUCUACUUAUGUAUAUUGGUGGAUACGGCAGGGUGUCACAAGAGCACUGUUUAAGAACUCCAAGACACUAAGAUUGCCGAUCCAUUUGCAUGAGAGAUUAACAUCAAUUAAGCACGCAAAAGUUAGGCUGGAAGAGAAGGGAAUUGCACCAUCUAUUGAUAAAAUUGCUGAGUCCCUGAAUAUGUCACAGAAGAAAGUAAGGAACGCUACAGAGGCUGUAAAUAAAGUUCUCUCUCUUGAUAGACAAGCCUUUCCAUCACUGAAUGGCAUUCCUGGCGAAACCCUCCACAGUUAUGUUGCAGAUACUAAACUCGAUAAUAUCCCCUGGCAUGGUUUCAAUGAAUGGUCCCUUAAGGAUGAAGUCAAUAAGCUUUUGAAUACAACACUGAGCAAGAGGGAGAGAGAUAUAAUAAGAUUAUAUCAUGGUAUCGACAGUGAAUGCCAUACGUGGGAGGAAAUCGGCAAACAACUCGGCUUGUCGAGAGAGCGUGUCAGACAAGUUGGGCUUGUCGCCAUGGAGAAAUUGAAACAUGUAGCGCGAAGAAGAAGAUUGGAGGCAAUGCUGAAACACUAAAAAGAAAACAAAACUGUAUUUUGUGAGUAGGCACUUGAGAAUGCUUGUGUAUAUCAAAAGAAAGGCAAAAGUGUAUAUUUACAUUGAAUUUUUGCUGAGAUUAAUUAUACUCAAAAUUAUACA